CGGCCGCGUCGUCUUGUCGUCUCGCCCCCCGCAGCCAUCUUCUCCCAGCCCGAGCCCUCGCAGCUGGCCUUCCCGCCGGAGCAGCGGGAGCACGCCCUGCCCCUCUCCCUCGUCUGCGACAACAUCCGCGACCCGGGCAACCUGGGCACCAUCCUGCGCAGCGCCGCCGCCGCCGGCUGCCAGCGGGUGCUGCUGACCCGGGGCUGCGUGGACGUCUGGGAGCCGAAGGUGCUGCGAGCCGCCAUGGGCGCCCACUUCCGCCUCCCCAUCAUUCCCGGCCUGCCCUGGAGCGAGAUUCCCCGCUUCCUGGAGGAGACCGUGACCGUGCACCUGGCUGACAACUGCAGCCCUGCUGGGGAGACCCCUGGAGAGGGGGCGCCCUCCACGGCACCCCGCAAAGCAGAAGGCGGACCCGGCCCGAGGAAUUCCCAUUCCAGGGAGACCCCCGCCGAUUCCGACUCGGAUUCCGACUCCGAGGAGGAGGAAGAGGCCCAGCUGUCGCUCCCGGUGGUGGAGGCCCAGCUGUAUCACGAGGACUGGGCCCGGAGCCACACCGCUGUCGUGAUUGGCGGAGAGACUCACGGACUCAGCCUGGAGGCGCUGCUAUUGGCCCAGAGGACGAGAGGGCGGAGGCUGGCGAUUCCCAUGGUUCCCGGCGUGGACAGUCUGAACUCCGCGAUGGCGGCCAGUAUCCUGCUGUUUGAAGCCAAGAGACAGCUGAGUCUGCGGGGCAAGCACAGCAGCGCCGAGGCCAGGGCAGCAGGACACUGACCGCCCCUCCGUGCUCCGGUGUCUCCUUGGUCAUUUAACAGUUAAUACACUAUUAAAUAUUUCUUUUUCAAAGCA